AAAUUCUAGCAGACGGCAGCUAUAUGCGAAAGGUGCGCAAAAGCAAGCAAAAGUGGCAAAAGUGACAAAAUGCUCUGUGAUAGUUGAUAAUUGUUGUUCUCCAAAUUAAUCAUGAUGGAUUACGAAUUUAAGAUGAAGACACAAAAAGAUCGAACAAAGGUCGAGGAUUUGUUCGAAUUCGAAGGAUGUAAAGUGGGCAGAGGUACUUAUGGACAUGUCUACAAGGCUCGGAGGAAAGAAGGUGUUCCAGACAGUGAACUGAAAUCUCGACCCGAUACAAAGGAUUUCGGAUUAAAACAAAUUGAAGGCACGGGACUUUCUAUGUCUGCCUGUCGCGAAAUAGCUUUACUCAGGGAAUUAAAACACGUGAAUGUGAUAACUCUCAUCCGUGUGUUUCUCUCGCAUACAGACAGAAAAGUCUGGUUACUUUUUGACUUUGCGGAACAUGAUUUAUGGCAUAUUAUCAAAUUCCACAGGGCGGCGAAAGCAAAUAAGAAAACGGUUCUUGUGCCAAAAGGCAUGGUCAAAUCUUUAUUGUAUCAAAUUUUAGAUGGUAUUCAUUAUCUGCAUUCCAAUUGGGUUCUCCACAGGGACCUGAAACCAGCGAAUAUAUUGGUAAUGGGAGAAGGAAAUGAAAGGGGACGAGUGAAAAUAGCAGAUAUGGGUUUUGCUAGAUUAUUCAAUGCUCCCUUAAAACCUCUUGCCGAUUUAGAUCCCGUUGUGGUUACUUUUUGGUAUAGAGCACCAGAACUUUUGCUUGGUGCGAGGCAUUACACAAAAGCCAUAGAUAUUUGGGCCAUUGGUUGUAUAUUCGCUGAAUUGUUAACCUCUGAACCGAUAUUUCACUGUAGACAAGAAGAUAUUAAAACUAGCAAUCCAUAUCACCAUGACCAACUGGAUAGGAUAUUUAAUGUAAUGGGAUUCCCGAUGGAAAAGGAUUGGGAGGACAUUAAGAAAAUGCCGGAGCAUCCGACUUUGUUAAAAGAUUUCAAACGAUCGAAGGAAAAGGGCAGUUACGCUAAUUGUUCGCUCACGAAAUAUAUGGAUCGGCAUAAAAUCAAACCAGACAGUAAAGCAUUUGCACUGUUACAAAGGCUAUUGGCGAUGGAUCCUAAUAAAAGAAUCACAUCUGAACAGUCGAUGCAAGACGCUUACUUUUUAGAGGAACCACUGCCAACUCAAGAUAUUUUCGCCGGAUGUCCCAUUCCUUAUCCCAAGAGGGAAUUCCUGACGGACGACGAUACAGAGGAAAAGACUGAAAACAAAGCAAGGCAGAAUCAGCAACAAACGCAACAAAAUCAGCAGCAGCAAGGAGGUAACAGUGAACACAAUCACGGUCAAAAUCCAAAAAGAGUGCGACUGAAUGGACCUCAUGGAGCGCCAGAAUUCCAUCAGCACCAAAGUCACGCAAUGACCCACCAGCAACCCCCGGGGAUGGUUUAUUCGACUGCUCAGCCAACUCAGCAGUCGAAUUUUCAUCAACGCUUUUGAUAGAUCUCUCUAAUCGAGCGCUUUCUAUGACGCCCAGUCCGACAAGUAUUUCAGUGACCCAUCGACUUAUUUGUGUAUGUAUGCAUG